AUGGAAAUCUCUACUCUUGCCACGUACCACUGCCUUGCUUUUGUCUGGUACUUUUUUGUUGCCUAUUCCAUCACACAUGUGAAAACAGAGGAGCGGCCAUCUGAAGUGUUCCUUUACGGUGGGCAGUGGAAAUAUUUGACAGUCCUCAAUCUGGUUUUGCAGGCUGUCUUCUAUGGGGUGUCCUUCCUGGCUGAUGUGUUGAGACUAAUUAAGAAACUGCGAUGUGCUAAGUGUAUAAUUUCCAGCAGAGACCUUCUUUUCAGUGUCCUGGCUUUCCCAGUGUCCACAUUUGUGUGUAUAUCCUUUUGGACACUGUAUACCUACAACCGAGAGCUGGUUUACCCCAAAAGCCUUGAUGGAGUCAUCCCGCUCUGGUUAAAUCAUGCUAUGCACACGGCUGUAUUGCCAUUUGCUCUCCUGGAAAUCUUUGCCUUGCCGCAUCGUUACCCAGUGAAGAAGAAGGGAUUGAUCCUACUGGGAUUUGUCGCUUUCCUGUAUAUCAGUUGGGUCCUGUGGAUUUAUUCAGUAACAGGAGAGUGGGUAUAUCCUCUUUUUGCUUUGUUCAGCCCCCCUGGACUAGCAGCCUUUUUUGCCGGUAGCAUUGCCAUCAUCUUUGCCUUAUACAACUUCGGAGAGUUCCUCAACCGUAUGAUAUGGGGAGAUUCAAUAGUAAUACUGGACCACAAGUGGAAAGGCAAGUGA